GGACGGGCUCCGCGCCCGCACAAGUCGGUCUGCAGACACAGAUGCCAAAGCGCCCCUCGCGAGCGGACGGCUACGACGACCACAUAACUAUGCCCCACGGCAUCGGCGACGAGCCGAGGCCGCCGAUGGGCCAUCCGGUGGCGUACACGACCGACUCUGACGCGGCGCUUGCGCGGAGCCUGCAGGAGGCGGAGCUGGAGGAGCUUGACGCGCCGCUCCCGGCCGAGCAGCAGCCUCGCCGCCGGCGCCCCUGGUUCUGCCUGCUCGCUGUCCUCGCGUGCUGCAUUCUCUUCCUCGUCGAGAUGGCGGAAAACGAAUGGAAGGUGCAGCCGUUUGUGUGCCCCGCGAGCUGCGCCGGCCGCCCCUGCUACGAGGACGGCGCCGCGUGCGAGGCCAACCCGCUGCUCGGGCCGACGACGGCGGUGAUGGACAAGCUCGGUGCGAAGGACGACGUGGCCAUCUUUGAGGAGGGCGAGUGGUGGCGAGUGGUGGCGUGCAACUGGCUGCACGUGGGCCUGAUCCACCUGCUGCUCAACAUGCUCGCCGUCGGGAGCCUCGGCUGCGCGCUCGAGCGCCGGUUUGGCUUCUGGCGGGUAGGGCUCUUGUACGUGCUCUCUGGCCUAUUCGGCACCCUCUGCUCCGUCCUCUUUUUGCCGGGCGUCCUCUCGCUCGGCGCCUCGGCCUCUGUCUUUGGCCUCGUCGGCGCGACGUGGGCGGACGUCAUCCUCAACUACCUCGCGCGCGGGACCACGCGCGGAGCCGGCCUCUGCCAGCUCCUCUUCCUCACCGCGCUCAACCUCGCGAUUGGACUCACGCCGUGGGUCGACAACUUCAUGCACCUCGGCGGCCUCGUGUGCGGCCUCGUCGUCGGGCUGAUGCUCUUCUCGAAGCGGCACGUCGACCCGCGCACGGGGAAGAAUGCCUACACGUGCGUGCAGAAGGAGGUCGUCUUUUGCGGCGUCGUCCUGUUCCUGGUGCUGCUCGGCGGGGUCAUCGCGGUGAGCGUCUCCCCGGAGGCGCAGGAGGCGUUCCGCGAGUGCGGCUCCUGCGAGCGACUCAACUGCGUCGAGAUCGACUGGUUCACCGACAAGCCGUGGUGGUCGUGUUGCUUUGCUCGCAACGGCGCCGGUACGUGCACCAUCGAGCCAGCAAACGCCUCGACGGUGAUAGCAAACUGCAACGUCACCGCCAGAGAGCCCUUCUCGGUGCCGUGCCACACCUCGGACCCGCUCUGCGAGUACAGCCCCGCAGACGUGGGCUCGGUCAGCAAACUCUGCACGCGGCUCUGCUCGGGCUGCUGAGUCGGAGAGAGCCGCAGCAGCAGCAGCAGCGGAGGAGGAGGAGGGUGAGCAGCAGCAGUAGCGC